AUGUGCAACGCCCUUCAACGUUUUCGUGAAUGGAGGCGUUUGAACCCAACUUUAACAGAAUUUCCUUCAGCCAAUUCCAAUUCCCCCUCAACCUCCACUUCCACCUCUCCCAGUAAUGUAUCAAUUCGAAAUUCGUUUGAAAGUUUGUUAGAUUCACAUGAAGAAAGUUUUAUUCCCUUUUUUGCCCUCACUUGUUUGGCUCAAAAUUCAGCAGAUGAUGACAAAAGUUCAAUUAGUAGCGAAUUGGCUGAGUCUGAGGAUGAUAUUUUUGUAGCAGAUAGUAUGGACGAGGGGGAAUUUUUGCAGGGAAAUUUGUUUUCCCAACAGAAACAUAUUGGGAUAAUUUCUGCUGAAGAACAAUGUUGUUAUAGGUAA